AUGGUUGAAGUCAAGAAAUACUACCUCCCGCCUACCGCUCUCAUUCCCAAUUCACCACAGCCCCUCCUCCACUACCCGGGACUCCUGUCAUCUGUUGAUUCCUCACACGAGAGCUUCGCAUCCAAAGCCCACGACCUCUUCACCGCAAACGGCUGGGAAACGCAAUGGAUUUUCCGCUACGGGCCGUCACAGAGAUCCCACUACCACUCUGGAGUCCACGAGUGCAUGGCAGUCCUCACGGGCACAGCAACGAUCCGAUUCGGUGUUGCGGACACAGUCUCAGACCUGGAAGAAAGCACCCAUGGAUCCGGCAAGGAGGAGGGCGGCAUUGAGGUCCCAGCGCGGGCAGGCGACGUAUUUAUCCUUCCAGCAGGUACCGCGCACAAGACUUUCAAUGCUUCUCCGGUCACUGAAUUCAAGUUACUCACACCGGGUGACGGACAUGCGGUCGCCGGAGAAGGGAGCGUCAAGGACACGUUGGCGAGCAUCGAGCUCUCCGGGUUUACUAUGAUAGGCGCAUACCCAAAGGGCGGAGGCCAGUGGGACUUCGCCAAAGGUGGUGAGGACGUGGGCAAAUUUGAGAAGGUGUGGUCUGUCGCGAAGCCUGAGAACGACCCGGUGCUGGGCAAAGCAGAUCAAGGUCUCUGUGGCCAGUGGCACCAGUAA